AUGAACUACACUAUCAUAUGUUUGCAAGAUGAUGGUUUAGAUCCCUUCCACUAUAUUUUCAUACCAGGAAUGUUCAAUGACUCACUAUACAAAAGUAGUAGAGCAGAACUUAAGCUUAUGACAAAUAUGGAUGAAUAUCUAAUGAUAGAAAAUGCAAAUAAUCCACAACAUUCAGACUAUGAGUCCAGUGCAAUGACCCAAUACAUGCCUACAGAAAUUUUAGGUAAAGUAACACCAGAGAAAAUACCAGAUAUUCAAAGCAUAGUGUCAGAUGCAGAAAUAGGCUAUACACUAGAAGUUGAUCUAGAAAUCCCAGUGCACUUGCACGAUUUCUUUACAGAUUAUCCAUUAGCAUCUGAAAAGCAGAUAGUUUCAGAAAACUGGCUUAGUCUAUAUGACAAAAGAUUAGUGAAAGAUAAAGAAGUUGGAAAUGAAAAAUAUGUGUCUGGAGAGAAGCUAUCUCUAUGGAUGAAAGAUUAUAUUGAGAAAAAUAUUUGCAAGCGUAAAAUUGCUAAAGCUAAUGGGGAUGAGUUUGGGGUCAUGUAUUAUAAG